AGAACUGUAAGGAAGCAAAGAGAAGCAGAACCACCAAACAGAAAUGGCAUCUUUAGGGCUGCAGAUUGUCGGCGUAGCUCUGGCUGUGCUGGGAUGGAUUGGAAACAUACUGAUCUGUAUGCUGCCCCUGUGGAAGGUGUCAGCUUUCAUUGGGAACAACAUUGUGGUGGCUCAGACCAUCUGGGAGGGCCUGUGGAUGACCUGCGUUGUGCAGAGCACCGGUCAGAUGCAGUGCAAGGUGUACGACUCCCUGCUGGCCCUGCCUCAGGACCUCCAGGCUGCUCGGGCUAUGGUGGUCAUCGCCAUCCUGUCCUCUCUGUUCGGCCUGCUGCUCUCUGUGGUCGGAGGGAAAUGCACCACCUGCGUUGGGGACAAGGUAGCAAAAGCCAGAGUUGCCAUGACUGCAGGUUUUUUCUUCAUCCUGAGUGGGGCUCUGUGCCUGGUGACCGUGUCUCUGCCUGCUAAUACAGUCAUCAAGGACUUCUACAACCCCAUGGUUCCUGACUCCCUGAGGAGGGAGCUGGGAGCAUGUCUGUAUGUGGGCUGGGCGGCAUCAGGACUUCUGCUGGUCGGCGGCUCUCUUCUCUGCUUUCAGUGCCCGGCAGGAGGAGGAGACCGCUACAACGGAGCCAAGUACUCUGCGCCUAAAUCCACAACACCCGGGAAGGAAUUUGUCUGAAAUUCUGCGCUAAACAAGACGCACAACCUGACUUUACAUACAGUACACACCUGUUGCUUAUCGAGUUGUGAUUUUCAUUUUUACUAAAAAACAAUUCGAACACACUGUGGCCUUUUGUUUCUGAAAUGUUCAAGAGACUCUAAGGUAUGUGCCAUGUUAUAGUAAUGCAACAUGAAGUUGAGCUUGAUGCUUAAUGCUUUUAUAUUUGAUUGUUUUGUGUUAUCAUUUCAGUAUUAAUUCAGGGUAAGACUCUUCUGAUGUUUUUAUUCAUGUUUUUUGCAAAAUAAAAUA